CGGCUUCAAAAAUUUAAUAUGGGUACUUUUUUCUUUUUUCUUUUUUUUUUUCUUCAAGUCCCAGUUGAGUCUCAAAGUUCAGCUACUGGAAUAUGUAUCCAGCUAAUCGACAGCAACAACAACAACCUAUACAGUCUUCACAAACACAACCUUUAAUUUCUCAUUUAUCAUCAGUUCAGCAUUCUUCUAAUGAUGACAUGCCACCACGCAAAAGAACUAAAAAAGUUAGAGCCUGUGAUUUAUGUAGACGUAAAAAAAUAAGGUAAAAUAACCGUUAUGUAUACAUGUCCUAGGUUUUAACAUGUAUUUAGAUGUGAUUAUGAUCAGGCAAAUCCUCAAAACCCAUGUUCUUCUUGCAAAAGCUAUAGUAAAGCAUGUACCUUUGAUGAAGUUGCUAAAAAGAGAGGACCACC